AUGGCUGCUGUCCGGCCGCGCCCAUAUCGGCGCAUUCUGACCUCCGCGCUGCACCGACGCUUCGUUCAUGCUUCUGCUUUAGCGCUACUGGUCUGCUACAUAAUUGCGUUUUUGAUCGGUGAUAAAUCAUCGUUUUUAUGGGCCUGGUUCCCAAUUGGAGGAUGUGGUAUCCGUACUGUCUUGCUCUUCAUUUGCAGUCUCGUCGUUUUUGUCUUGCGCGUUGGACAGAUGCACAUUGGCUCGCGGACGACUGCCUCUCCUUUUGGCACGCUGAAAUACCUUAUCCCGCUCGAUGUUGUCCAGACUUUCGGUUGGUAUAUUUUCUCCGCAUGGUGGUUUAGUGAAAUCUAUAAAUGGUCGUCUUCGACUGGAGCACACUUGGAGUGGGUGAGACGAGGCAGGGCCCACGAGCGAGCAAGCCUAAAUGAACGGCCGAUAUACCUCUAUACUUGCCAUUUUCUUCUAGCAAUUGUGCAAUCGGUUGUCCAUCUCUAUUACGAUUUCGACCGUGUUCCUAUUCCAGUUGCUAAACGAGCUGCCGGCACUGCUGACCAGAGAACCCACCCAGUGGAGCCGGUAUCCAAGCGGAUACAAGUCGCGUUGCCUAGACUCGCCAAGGAUGGACUCACAAGGAGCGCCGUAGUCGCUGCAGCCUGCCCUGUGGCAUACGCUUUUCUUCUCCGACGCCCGGCCUGGAGCUUCACCAUGUACUUUGCGAAAUUGUUCUGGGAUUUUCCUAGGUCUGCUGCGUAUCCCCCAGGCCUUGUUCCCCCAAUCGGCCCCGGGAUGCUUGUGCGCACGGUGUUCUCCGGAGGCUUGCUGGUCCUUUGCUGGCAAACAGCCAACCUUUUCUUCUCCGCAUUCCUCAGCAAGGAGCCACUAAAACGUGGUCAGCCAUUGACGGCCGAAGCAAAGGACCCCAAUGGCAGCUUAUUGACGGGUUUGACCGCUAAGAAGGAAACGGUUAAAUCAUUCGCGUUCUGGGAACUAUGCUUCAUCAGUCAGAGAUUUCCUGACCGAAGAAAGGCGAUUUUCAAUGAUAUUGAUCGCGAAGGGGGUCCGGCGUGGUCGCAGAUUCUGCAAUCCGCAACUGAGGUUAUCAAGGGCGUCUCGACCCGCAUCGACGAACAGAAAAACCCAUCAACGGGUCCCAAGACCGCACAAGCCGAACUGACUGAACCCGUUCUCCAAACUCUACCACGGUUAACAGAUCCUCUAAAAGACGGCGAAGUCUUCGCCCCCUCCCCUAAAGCAACCUCGCGGCAGCAAAGGAUCGGGGAGGCAUUCAGCUCGGCCGCCAAGACUUACGGACAAUCCCCAGAUUGGACCCCUGCUGCCCGAGCCAAAGCACGCGAUGUUUUUGACCGUGCAUCUACUGCCGUGUUGAGCCCGGAGCGAAAGCAAAAACUUCUUGCCUCAACGCAAGAGCUCAGGAUGCUCACAGGUCCUUCAACUUGCAAGCCGGAAAACCUGAACCCAUUUAUCGCACAGAUCCUCCGCUCUCCAGUAGGCCGACUCUUCCGACAAACGUACGACCGUCGAUUGUCGGGCAUUGUCCUCGGCGCACCACACGCAAAUAUAUGCCCCAUAGUUGACGCUAUCGAGUCCCUGACCCGGCUCCUCAUAGCAAGUCUCCAGGAGGACCAAUACGGUAAAGUCCAGGCCGAUGUGCCCGACGUCGUACGCCUCUUCACGAAUACUAUCAUGACCCUAGAGCCCUUCAUCAACGGCGGCCUUGACGCCCACUGGACAGACGUCAACUUCCCACCAUCGAGUAACCCCGAAGCUCAGGCGGAAGCACGCCGAGUCCCAGAUGUGGACCUCGUACUUGAUACCCUCAAGGGGUCUCUCAAGGAGCUCCUAUCCGCAUUCAACCUAUACCUGAAAGACAUCGGAGUCGUAGGCAAGGAUCUACGAUUAGCUAAGGAGGCAGCCGGGAUAGUCGAGGAAGUGUUUUGA